AUGGGCAGCGUGGCGAUGGACUCCGACUACGGCACGCCGCGCGAGCUGUCGCCGCUCCAGAAGGCGUGCGCGCUCUACCGACCGGAGCCCCCGCCGUGCCUCCAGGGCACCACAGUCACGGUGGAGUACGGUGAUGCUGCAAUCGCGGCCGAUAUCGCAGAUGCUCACGUCAUCAGCCACGCCUUCCCCCACCACACCUAUGGCCAGCCGCUGGCACACUUUCUCACGAAGACGGCCAAUGUGCCCGACGCUAGCAUCAUAACAGGGCACCCUGUAGUCAGGGUUGGCGUUGUCUUCAGUGGGAGGCAAUCCCCAGGAGGGCACAAUGUUAUAUGGGGCCUCUAUGAUGCUGUAAAGGCUCACAACUCAAACAGCAAAAUUAUUGGUUUUCUUGGAGGAACUGAUGGAUUAUUUGCACAGAAAACUAUGGAAAUCACCGAUGAAGCUCUUUCAUCCUAUAAGAAUCAAGGUGGUUAUGACAUGCUUGGUCGGACAAGGGAUCAGAUCAGAACAACUGAGCAGGUAAAGGCAGCAAUGGCUACUUGCCAUGCAUUGAAGCUGGAUGCUCUUGUUAUAAUUGGAGGUGUCACAUCCAACACGGAUGCUGCUCAGCUUGCUGAGACAUUUGCUGAGUUGAAAUGUCCAACAAAGGUAGUUGGUGUUCCCGUAACUCUGAAUGGAGAUCUCAAGAACCAAUUUGUUGAAACAACAGUUGGUUUUGAUACCAUAUGCAAGGUGAACUCGCAGUUAAUAAGCAAUGUAUGCACAGACGCUCUUUCUGCUGAAAAGUAUUACUAUUUUAUUCGGCUGAUGGGACGGAAAACAUCUCAUGUGGCAUUGGAAUGUGCUCUUCAAUCACAUCCAAAUAUGGUUAUCCUAGGCGAGGAGGUUGCUGCGUCAAAACUUACAAUAUUUGAUAUUACAAAACAGAUAUGUGAUGCUGUGCAGGCAAGACCUGAAAAAGACAAAUAUCAUGGAGUUGUACUUAUUCCUGAGGGUCUUGUUGAGAGUAUUCCCGAACUGUAUGCUUUGCUCCAGCUGCUUCUCCAUCCUGAAUCUGACGAUUCAGCUCAACUGUCUCAGAUUGAGAUGGAGAAGCUUCUAGCACAAUUGGUUGAGACUGAAAUGAACAAACGCCUGAAGGAAGGCACUUAUAAUGGAAAGAAGUUCAAUGCUAUUUGCCACUUUUUUGGAUACCAGGUUCUUGGACAUGUAUGUUAUCACAUCAUAGCAGCUGGUUUGAACGGCUACAUGGACACUGUGACCAACCUUAAGAGUCCAGUAAACAAGUGGAAAUGUGGUGCUGCUCCCAUUACUCUUUUCAUAGUUCAGGUUCAAUUCAAAGAAAGAGUAAACGUUUCCUCGUUAACAGUCUAUGAUGACCGUGAAGAGAUGGUCACGUGGUCCUGCCACCUGUCAAAUCGGCUGUUGAGACAAAACUCUUCCAGCUUCAUGAUGGAAGACAUCUACCGAAACCCUGGGCCACUUCAGUUCGAAGGGCAGGUGAAGGUGAAAAGCAUUGUGAAGCCCGGGUGCUCGCAGGAUGUCCUUAAAGCAGCGCUAAGCGCCAUGGCUUCUGUGACGGAAAUGCUGACCAUCAUGUCUUCCCCGUCUUUUAGUGGCCAGGCGACCAUCUGA